ACCAAAACCCAAUCAACAUGAAGAUGAUCGUAGUCGCCCUCGCCUUCGUGGCCCUCGCCGCCGCCGGCCCCGUGCCCGACGCCCUCGUGGUCCCAGAGACCAUCUACAAGAUCCUCCGCUCCGAAUUCGAGCCCAAAGAAGAUGGUUCAUACUCUUUCGACUUCGAGACCGAGAACAAGAUCCAGCGCCAGGAAGUCGGUGAGCUGAAGUCUCUGGUCGACGAAGAGAACAAACCCCACGACGUCGUCAUCGUCCGCGGUAGCUACUCCUACAUCAACGACCUGGGAGAGCAGGAGGUCAUGAACUACUGGGCCGACGAGACCGGCUUCCACGCUGAAGGCCCCUCCGUCCCCAGGAACGCCGAAUCCGCCGCCAGACGAUAGGAACCUACCGAUUAGCUAUUAUAGACACCGAUAGACUUAACACCGGUAGUAUUUCACUGCUAUCUCA